AUGGGUUUGAGAGUACUAGCAACCUUUUCUCUUCUAGUUUUGGUCCAUCUCAUCAAUCUUGCUUCUUCAUAUCCUAUUAAGAACAACUUGCCUUCAGAGUUUGUGCAGAAAAGCAAGUUAGAAGAUAAGGCAAUAAAUGGAAGUAAGAUGGAAGGAGGUGGUACUCAUGGAGGAGGAGGUCAUGGUGGCCAAUCACACGGAGGAGGAGCAGUUAUACCUGUUUAUGCAGCUGGGGCUGCAAACAAAAAUCACAACCAUCGUGGUGCUGCCAACUGCAACCUCAACAAAAUCAAUUUUUCCUCCACGUUUAUGAUGAUAUUUAUCUAUCCUCUCAUGCUGCUUUGUUAG